CAAAGCCAGCCAAACGUGGAUGGAGUUCAUUUUCGUGGAAACCGAAGUCCACCCCACAAAGCUCAAGGACACAAGCAACAUCAAACAACAACAACAAACAACAAUAAACAACAGCAGCAACGAACAUGAGCAGCGAACAAUCAGCCAACACAGAAACCAAGACAACGGAGGCAAAUCCUGCGGCUAACGCCAUCGAAAAUCCAACCGAAGCAAGACUGUCUGCGUCCGAAGUGCAAGCGACUGCCCUUGGGGCGCGGUUGGGAAGCCCACCUGUCUUUCUGACCAGCGAUGGUGCCUCUUGGUACAUCCACGUCAAAAAUUGGAAACCAAGUACCAGCACUCCAAUCUUUCAGGAGCAAUGGGAUUUGCACCCUAAUGAGUUCCAUGCGCUCGAACUUUUCGGCAAGACCGUGUACCAGAAUCGUUGGUCCCAGUCUUGGGGCCAUAGCUAUGCCUAUUCUGGCACUGUGUCUCCAGCUCGAGACUUUCUAGACCACCCGGAAGGUGCCAUGAUUCAGACUUUGGUCGAUGAGGUGAACAUGCUGGUGGCAGGACUCUUCCCGUCGGUUGAAGGCGUGGAAAGUGAAGACUUCCCAUACAACGGAUGUUUGCAGAAUUGGUACACGCCGGAAAUGAGUAUUGGAUCCCAUGCCGACGACGAGGGUAGUUUGAAACCGGGCUGGCCAAUCUUUUGCCUCAGCUGGGGAGGAACGCGCCGCUUUCUGUUUCGCGCAAAAGGGAAGCGUAAGGAUGUCCGCGAAGUCAUCUUGACCGACGGCGACUUGGUCAUCAUGGGGGGCACCUGUCAGUCUACCCACAAACACGAAGUGCCCAAGGUUCGCAAGACGAUGGAUCCCAAACCAAUUGCAGACCGCAUAAGUUGGACUGUGCGGGCUUUCCGAGAUGAGACUGAAAACGAAACCCAAACCAAAAACAAGCGCCAGCGAGUCUGAAACCAAUAGCUCAGAGAGUAGAUAAAACAAGAAUUAGAAAGCAACGGGCACAUCCCUUACAGUAGAAGGGUAAUCUAGUCCAACCGAACAUCCCGUCGCUCGCAGUCAGCAACAACGGCCUCUACGCCACGCCGCCGG